AACUCUCGAGGGAAGGACCGUGCCCUAAAGUUUCCCCAGAAUGAAGCUCCUGGUGAUUUUGGUGGUGCUUUUGAACUGGGCAGAUUCGCAAUCGUCUACGGAGGAGCCGAUCCGAACGGAUUUGAUCACGAAAACCGUUUCGGCGAUCAACGCGUCGCUGCAGCAGACGAUCGAGAAUUGCGAGGAUGCCUGUCGAGAAGCCAUAUCCGAAAUCGUGAAAAAAACGUCUUUCGACGAGAAAAUAAUGAGCAUCGAGGCCAGGAACCUCAUCCACGAACUCGAGCAUUCGUUUGACGUCGAUUGGAAUCCAGUUCAAAUAUGGCUGAAGCGCCUGGAGAAAAUACAGAAGACCUACUUUGACAGUGUUCUAAAUUACGCAGCCCGAGAUACUGAACCGGUCAAGGAGGCGCUAUUCUACCUCGAAAUCGGUGCGCUUCACGAAGCGACGUCGGAGCUAUUGGUGAAUCAGAAAAACUUGAUGAGGAUCGUGGCAGAUCUCACGACGAUACUGGAAAUCGUUCAAAGAGGGAGGUCGGGCCUUGCCUUGAAGCUCGCGGUUCAACUCGGAGACUUGACGCCAUACCAUGAAACUUUCGGUUGUGCACACAGCGUCAGCGGAAGGAUGGGAGAUGGCGAUUGUGCGGCGUUGAUGCGGGAGAGCUUCAGGAGAAGCUUCCUGAAUCUCCAGGAAACUCUCAAGCGAUUCUUCGUGGAGGAAAUGGUAGAAAGCCGUUUGGCCAAUGACGACGACGAGUCUUCGAAUGAAGACUUCUGAUGGUUACUUCUGAGGAAUGCCGAAAUCAGUC